AUGGGUAUUAACCGAUACCAGGACGUAGAAGUAGACGAUCUACCAGUAGAAGUAGGGGGAGUAGAAGAACUCCCAGAACCCCAUGAAGCAGGUGUGCGAUAUACUAUGUUUUUGUUUGAUGUGACUGAAGAAAGGAUUAAGAAAGUGACAAUUUGCGAGAGCUUAGCGAGCUUCGACACCUCUUCGAAGACGGCGCAGAGACACUCCAUGUUUUGCCAUCGUUCAGGCUCGGACCAGUUUACUGGUUGUGGCUCGGACCAGUUUACUGGUCGUGGCUCGGACCAGUUUACUGGUCGUGGCUCGGACCAGUUUACUGGUCGUGGCUCGGACCAGUUUACUGGUCGUGGCUCGGACCAGUUUACUGGUCGUGGCUCGGACCAGUUUACUGGUCGUGGCUCGGACCAGUUUACUGGUCGUGGCUCGGACCAGUUUACUGGUCGUGGCUCGGACCAGUUUACUGGUCGUGGCUCGGACCAGUUUACUGGUCGUGGCUCGGACCAGUUUACUGGUCGUGGCUCGGACCAGUUUACUGGUCGUGGCUCGGACCAGUUUACUGGUCGUGGCUCGGACCAGUUUACUGGUCGUGGCUCGGACCAGUUUACUGGUCGUGGCUCGGACCAGUUUACUGGUCGUGGCUCGGACCAGUUUACUGGUCGUGGCUCGGACCAGUUUACUGGUCGUGGCUCGGACCAGUUUACUGGUCGUGGCUCGGACCAGUUUACUGGUCGUGGCUCGGACCAGUUUACUGGUCGUGGCUCGGACCAGUUUACUGGUGAUGGCUCGGACCAGUUUACUGGUGAUGGCUCGGACCAGUUUACUGUUUGUGGCUCGGACCAGUUUACUGGUUGUGGCUCGGACCAGUUUACUGGUUGUGGCUCGGACCAGUUUGCUGGUGAUGGCUCGGACCAGUUUACUGGUCGUGGCUCGGACCAGUUUACUGGUCGUGGCUCGGACCAGUUUACUGGUCGUGGCUCGGACCAGUUUACUGGUUGUGGCUCGGACCAGUUUACUGGUUGUGGCUCGGACCAGUUUACUGGUUGUGGCUCGGACCAGUUUACUGGUCGUGGCUCGGACCAGUUUACUGGUUGUGGCUCUGGUAAAUAUGAGAAAAAUAAAGGAUAUUUAACAGACACGAGAAAGAAGUUCCCUAGCUAA